UGUUUAUCAGUGCGGUGAAAGGUUACAAUUUGAAUUUUGCAAUAAUUCGUCAUUUUGCAAUUUAGACCUAUACAAUUUUUCAUUCAGUCAUUUUGAUAUCAGUUUCCAUUCGAUAAUGGAUAACAAAGUUAUGUCUUGCAAGGCUUCUGAAAAAUUAAUGAAUUUUCGUUCACCCUUGAACGAAACUGCAAAAACUCCUCGUUCCUUCGUUCGAGUUCGACGACUUUUGAAUUAUUGAUUGUUUUCUCAAUUUUUCAAAUAACUCAUCAUGGCUUCUCUAGUUUCUUUGAAGCGAAAGUUUGUCGCUGAUGGUGUCUUCAAGGCUGAACUUGAUGAAUUUUUGAGGAGAGAGUUAGCCGAAGAUGGCUACUCUGGUGUUGAAGUUAGGACAACUCCAGCUAAGACUGAAAUUAUCAUCUCUGCGACUAGGACUGAUUUAGUUCUUGGUGAAAAAAACCGCAGGAUUCGAGAAUUAACUCGUUUAGUCACAAUGAGAUUCAACUUUCCUGAAAACUCUGUUGCGCUCUAUGCAGAGAAAGUAGCAAACAGGGGCUUGUGUGCUACUGCCCAGGCUGAAUCUUUAAGGUUCAAGCUUCUCGGGGGGCUCGCUAUUCGCAGAGCCAGCUAUGGCGUAUUACGCUAUAUUAUGCAGAAUGGCGCUCAAGGAUGCGAGAUCAUAAUUUUUGGCAAACUUAGAGGCCAGAGAGCAAAAGCAAUGAAAUUUGUUGAAGGACUCAUGAUUCAUUCUGGAGAUCCGGUCAACACAUAUGUCAACACUGCAACAAGACAUGUGCUCUUGAGGCAGGGAGUCGUUGGCAUCAAGAUAAAAAUAAUGUUGCCUCACGAUGCCACAGGCAAAAUUGGACCUAAAAACCCUCUCCCUGACAAAAUUGUGAUCCAUGAGCCCAAAGAAGAGCCUCUUCCAGAGUCGCCCAGAACAGAGUUAAAAGCGAAUAGUGAUGAACCAAAAGAACCUUCUCCUAAAGAAGAAUGACCAUUCAAUAAAAGGACUCUGUACAUAAGUUAAAAAUAA